AUGUACGCCAAAAUGGCAGAUUUGAUCAAGGUCGUCAAGGCUGUCCGUGACCAACUGAUCACUACGGACGUUAAUCAAUACGUUUAUUCCAAAGAUGUGAACCAGAAGGACUUUGAAGAGAUCGAGGACGAGGUCAAUAGAAAAGAUCUGCCUUGUGCCGUCAUAUUUCAAUAUGAUGCCCAAAUCAAUCAUAUAAUUAUCAAGUUGGCUGACAUGGGUACUACCUUCCACGAACUUACCCCUCUGGGAGCCACAACUUUUGGAGGGCGUACAACCUCCUGCAAGGAGGGCGAUUCGACCUUUAAAAACGCGUAUCUCCGUGGCCGUGAGAGCGAUUGGCCGCAUCUCGUUAUAGAAACUGGUGUGUCCGAGUCUCUGCGAGAACUCAGACGGGAUACUGGGUGGUGGCUAUCUAACUCAGAGGGCGAAGUUCUGGUCGUCGUGGUUAUCCACAUUACCCGAGCGACUAAAACAAUUGUGAUGGAAACAUACAUACCGGAAUUUCCCAGUCCAUGGCUCAAACACACUUCUGUUUUGCCUCGUUUGGUUUCAGAAACUGUUAUUGAUUUCGGUUCAAAGCCUCCCCGUGUCAAGGGGGGUUCGGUCGUCCUCGAGUUUCAUUGA